AUGGGGCCAACCAAAGCUUCUCGAGCAGCCAAAGCCGCCCCGCCUGCUACCGAACCGCUUCCCCAAAAGACAUUCAUCAUCGACAAUGGGGGGUAUACUAUGAAGGCAGGGUACAGCUCGGCCUCCAGCUCCGAUCCCCUCGCAUCAUGUUUGACGAUUCCAAACGCGCUUGCGAAGACACGAGAUAAUCAUAUGUACACCGGGCUACAACUGGAUACGCAUAUCUCCGACUGGAACGAGGUGAGCUUUCGUCGCCCGGUCGAGAAGGGCUACAUCGUCAAUUGGGAAGCGCAGCGAGAGAUAUGGGAGCAUACAUUUUUUGACGAGAAGACGGCUCGCAGACCAGAGGUCCAGUGCUCAGACUUUCUUGGGACAACCUUGGUUUUAACUGAGGCCCCGAACGCGUUAAGUGGCUUGCAAAAGAAUAUGGAUGAGAUGGUUAUGGAGGAAUGGGGCUUCGGCGGAUAUGUACGAUAUCUUGCUCCAUGUCUCAAUGCGUGGAACGAGGUGCGUUCCCUCUUCGGUGACCCCACUCCCCAAGAUACGAAUGCCCCUGCUCUCCCAGCUGAGUGUAUGCUUGUCGUUGAUUCGGGCUAUUCGCAUACAACGGUGACUCCGGUAUACCAUGGGCGCCCAUUGCAACGAGCGAUACGAAGACUUGACAUUGGCGGGAAACAUCUCACGAACUACCUGAAGGAGCUCGUUUCAAUCCGACAGUAUAAUAUGUUAGACGAAACGCAUAUCGUCAACAGUGUUAAGGAGACUGUUUGCUACGUCAGCCAGGAUUUUGACGGUGAUAUGGAUAAAACGUGGAAAGGCCAUGAAAAGAGUGGUGCCGACGAAAUAGUGGUCGACUACGUACUACCUGACCCGAAUGCACACAAAAAGGGUUUCAUGAGACCUCACGAUAGCCAGUUGGCUGCAGAGAAAAGGAAGGGACUCAUUACUGGGAUUAACCCCUCUGCAGCGGAAGACGUCCUUGUUUUGGGGAGUGAGCGCUUUACCGUGCCAGAGAUUAUAUUUAACCCCCAGGAUAUUGGGCUACAGCAACCGGGGAUAGCAGAAAUCAUAAUGCAAUGCCUGUCCGUUAUUCCAACAGGCCUCCACCCUUCGUUUCUCGCGAACAUUUUUGUUGUCGGUGGCAAUUCUUUGAUACAGGGGUUUAUAGAAAGACUGGAAUCCGGAGUCCGAAGUCUAGCGCCGACUGAGUGUGUUGUCCGCGUAAAGGCUGGCCCAGAUCCCAUUCGCUCGACAUGGUUAGGGGCUUCUAGGAUGGCGACCAACCAGGAGACCAUGAAAGAGGUUGCGAUUACUCGGCAACAGUACCAGGAAUAUGGUUCAGCCUGGGCCUGGAGAAAGUUUUCUGGUUGA